CACUUUCUGGUCGAUCACACCGACAACGGACACCCAAGACUCCCCUCAAGAAUGGUUCGCUACGCUGCCGCCGCACUCGCUACGAACCCCGAAAAGACCGCCCGCGCCCGGGGCGAGUACCUCCGCACCCACUUCAAGAACAUGCGGGAGGUCGCUGCCGUUCUGACCGGCAUGAGGUUGACAAAGGCCUAUACUUACCUCGGCAACGUCCUCGAACACAAUCAAACCAUUCCUUUCCGUCGAUUCUCGGGUGGUGUUGGUCGGACAGCACAAGCAAAACAAUUCAAGACAACUCAGGGACGUUGGCCUGAGAAAUCUGUUAAAUUCAUCACUCGUCUCCUCAAGAAUGCAGAGUCCAAUGCCGACGCGAAGAGCUUGGAACUCGAGGAUCUCACUAUCAAGAACAUCGUCGUCCAGCAAGCACCCAAAACUCGCCGUCGCACGUACCGUGCCCACGGUCGUAUCAACCCUUACCAGGGUCACCCUUGCCACGUCGAGAUUAUCCUCAGCGUGUCGGAAGAGGAGGUUGAGAGAAGCAAGGACAAGGACGCUGUGGCACCUUCUCUCUCGUCACUGAACCGGAGACAGGUUGCAAGGAAGCGGAUCGAGGCAGCACGGGCAUAAUGUUCUUACCUGACAUGGCACGACUUGGGUGCAGUAUAGUAUGCAGCAACGAAAGAUGCGCACAUGUUAUGUACACACAGAUAUGCAUAUGAUAUGACACACGCAGCAAUGUGUUACCUGGC